ACUGGGAAAAGACUGUGCCUAUAAAGACUGCUGCAGCGGCCGCACCCCUGGCUACUCUCCCUGCUCGGCGCUGCUCCCGUAAGUUCGCGUCUUGGUUCGCUAUGGCUCGUACGAAGCAGACUGCCCGCAAGUCGACCGGUGGCAAGGCCCCGCGGAAGCAGCUGGCCACCAAGGCGGCUCGCAAGAGCGCGCCGGCCACGGGCGGCGUCAAGAAGCCGCACCGCUACCGGCCGGGUACCGUGGCCCUGCGGGAGAUCCGGCGCUACCAGAAGUCGACCGAGCUGCUGAUCCGCAAGCUGCCGUUCCAGCGGCUGGUGCGCGAGAUCGCGCAGGACUUCAAGACGGACCUGCGCUUCCAGAGCUCGGCCGUGAUGGCGCUGCAGGAGGCGAGCGAGGCCUACCUGGUGGGGCUGUUUGAAGACACGAACCUGUGCGCCAUCCACGCCAAGCGCGUGACCAUCAUGCCCAAAGACAUCCAGCUGGCUCGCCGCAUCCGCGGGGAGCGGGCUUAAGAAGUGUGCGCUCGGCUCGAGGUUCCAUCAAAUCCAAAGGCUCUUUUCAGAGCCACCCACGACU